AUCGACGACCCAGUGGCGUUCUAUCACGUGCAGAUGGCAGAGCCCGGGUCGGCCGAGUACCGGCGGGUGGCCUACGGAAACAACGGCGACACCGACCACUACUGGACGCAGGCGGAGGUCAGUGCGUUUGUGGCGGCAUACCUGGCGCACCCUAAGCAGUUCGGAAAGAUUGCGUCGUACAUCCCACACAAGUCGAUGAAUGACUGCGUGCUCUUCUACUACCGCAACAAGAAGCCGCUGCGGCUCAAG